AUGGAUCGAAGGUACAGUAUUCAGCCUAUCCUAGCCAAGGAGAAGGAGGAGGACAAGGACAAACCGCAGGAUACCACCCGCCGAGGUAGAACUGUCCCGAACUUUGGCAAAAUCAGGAAGUGGGUCAAACGAUCUAAUGUGCCUCGUGACCUUUCAAAACCUGAGCAGGAAGCUAGGGGGUCGUGGGAUGAGGGCAUGCGCAGACGAGAUUCUGAAACGGGACUUCGAGGUAUCGUGCUGAGGAAAGGACUCUCUGACGAUUCUAAGGCAUUUCCUCUGGUGAAGGCCGAGCCCCGCAGAGCUUCUCGCGCCGAGUCGUCAUUGGUUGCGUCAGGGAAACGGUUGUGUAAGUGGGAGACUGUUAAUUUACUUCGGGGUAAGAAACAGUCUGACAAGAAGGAGGAGGAGAAGCGGUCACCAAAGUCUCGUUCUUCGGGGAAUAAAAGUUUGGAAGUGGACAGUUCAACAGGUGAAGAAGCCGAACGUGACGUCUCAUUGCCGCUGCACGCUUCAGAAGCUGCGGGUAUUUCUCGUGGAGAAAGUCUUGAAAGUCUGUCUGAGACGGAAGAACGGUUGGAUUCUACAGGUGGGCAUCUGGUGACUAAUAUCCCUCAACGGGAAACGGCCGGUGAUAAAACAAAAUCUCAUUUUCGUGGAGACAGACGGCCGCGAUCCUGGCGAUUUGGUUCGUCCAAGUCUUCAUCACGAAACAAAGCAGCAGAGCAACCUUCACCUAACAAGGACAGCGUCGCUAUCAAGGGAAGGAAACACGAGUGUCGUUUCACGGAUAACUCGGAUAUAGACGAUUACGAGACAUCAGAUCCUCCUCGAGGCGAGGCUACAAGUGCGGAAAUGUUUGGGAGCAUAAGAGCAUUUACCGCUUCCCCGAGCUACCCGGAUAGUUCUACAGAGCGAAGACCUUCGAUAAUCCCGACGUUCAACAUCACUAACGACCAGAGCAAUUUGGAGAGGUUUCUGGACAGUAUCGGCACAACAUGUGUUGGUUCCAUUUUGGAAGAGCCGGAUGAAAACUUCAUGGCUAGAGCAAAGUCGUGCGACAAUCUUCAUCAGAGGCAUACGGAUAGCAUGAGUAUCUGGGAGCGUCGCAAACGAGCAACACGAGACUUCAGCCCCGGAACACGUCCUAUCAUUCUAAACAUGGAGGCUAUCGACGAUUCAGUUUUCUGCACGAGAUCCGUGUCGAACACUCUUGUGGAGAUAAGCAGCCGGGCGGAGACGUUUAUCUGUAAGGAUGACUUGCAUUUGGGGACACGAAACAUCACGUUUUCAGCCAGUAGCAAAGGCAGCACUAGUAGUGUUGGAAGUGGGGCGGCUGGUGGAGAAGGAGCUGGAGGCCGAACUGGUGGAUGUAAGCUGAAGAAGCCGACUAAUUUGUGGGGCGUUAGUCGCAGAAUAUCCGUUAGGAGAAGGAAUGUUGUGAAAGAUGAGAAGACUGAGGAAAAAACAGAAAACACAGACGAGCCCAGGUAA